AGCUGUACUUUAAUCUGAAUUUGUUAAUCUUUAAACUGGAAAAGCAGCUACCCUUUUUUUUAAUUGUAAACACAACACUAUUAUUGUUAUAUAAUAUUAUUUUAAUGCUUAAUUUGUCAAUUUAUUUAGGUUUUUUCAUUCUUUACACAAUUGGGUGUUUUUGCUUUUAGGCAAUGGGUGAUGGGUGGUUCUGAUAUCAUCUAAAUUAGUAUAAUUUAUUGCUUUAUUUUAAUGGGUUUAGUUUCUUGUUUAUAAAAACCCCAACAAAAUUGGAUCUUUUUUGGUUUUUCAAGAUUUCCCCUUCUCCAUUUACCCCUCAUGCACAGAGGAAUUGAAGGCUGCAACCUGGAUAUUGGUAGCUUCAAUAGAAACAGAUGACAAAGUUGCAAUUUUUACGAAAUAAUUUUUGUUUUUUAGAAUUUUGUAAGUAAACCAUGGCCUCAACUUCAACUCAAUUUGUAACCUCAAGAAGAAUGGGAAUAUACGAUCCACUGCAACAAAUAAGCAUGUGGGACGAUGGUUUUGGAGCUAAUCUUAACCCUAACACAAGCCCUGGUAUGAUGAUGAUGACACAGGUCGAUUCAAGGCUAGCAAACAAGACCGAAUACAAUUCUCAAGAAUCGUUAGAACCAUCGCCAGAAGCUCGAGCAACAAAAACAAUUUCAGAUAAGUUGCAGAGACGACUAGCACAAAAUCGUGAAGCUGCUCGUAAAAGUCGUUUAAGGAAAAAGGCGUAUGUUCAACAAUUGGAAUCCGGUCGUUUAAAAUUGGUGCAAUUAGAACAAGAACUCGAGAGGGCUCGACGGCAGGGCGCAUACGGAGGUCUAUUGAACACCGGCAACAGUUUGUUAUCUGGUAAUGUAAUGAACGCCGGGAUUGCUACAUUCGAAAUGGAGUAUGAAUUGUGGAUUGGGGAACAAAGGAAGAAGGACGAUGAUCUUCGGAAAGUGUUGUUGACUCAUACUAGUGAUGUCGAGCUUCGUAUGUUCGUCGACACUGGAUUGAACCAUUACUACGAUCUUUUCCGAAUGAAGGCGGACGCCGCGAAGGCCGACGUGUUUUAUUUGUUGAACGGGUUGUGGAGAACUCCGGUAGAGCGGUUCUUCCAGUGGAUCGGCGGAUUCCGGCCAUCUGAGCUCUUAUACAUACUGAUACCACAAAUCGAGCUAACGGAUACGCAACUGGUGAAGGCGAGGGGUCUCCGGCAAUCAUGCGAGCAAGCGGAGGAGGCACUGAGUCAAGGAAUGGAAAAGCUUCAACAGACAUUAGCUCAGAGCAUCACAAUCGACAUAACCGGAGCCGGAAGUUACACCACACAGAUGAAUUGUGCACUCGAAAGGCUCGAAGCGCUUGAAAUUUUCUUGAAUCAGGCGGAUCACCUCCGGCAACAGACUCUGCAACAAAUGUAUCAGAUUUUAACACUUCGUCAAGCAGCAAAAGCAUUGCUUGCACUUGGUGAAUACUUUCAACGUCUUCGUGUACUGAGUUCAAUCUGGUCUGGUCGUCCUCAUGAUCGUGGAACUUUACUUUCAUGAAUCAAUCUACUUUUUUCGAGUUUUCAUUAGCCGCCAUUAGCAAAUCUAGAGAUUUUUACUAGCAACUUUACUUUCAUAAAAUCACCUCAUAUCAAUCAAUCCCAUUGCUACUUUAUAAUCUGUUUACUCGUUUCGUGAACAAAAAUGUAAAUAUAAUUUGUAAUAUUGUGAGCAUAUAUAUGAAUGUAUGUAUGUAUAUCUAUA